AUGGGAAAACAAAAUUCAGGUAUUUCGCCAGAGACGUCGGACUCUGGUAAUUUGAAGGGGGCCAAUUCAGAGACGUCUAUUCAUUUGGAGGAUGUACCUUCGUCUGCUCCGCAGGAGUCAUGGCAUUGUGAAUCUCCAAACAACCCUCGCAACUGGCCGCAAUGGAAGAAGAACGCGCAGAUUCUCGUGGUGGCUUUCCACUCAAUGGCAGCAACAUUCAUGGCUGCUGGUAUCAUUCCGGCAUAUGAUACCAUGGCGGAAGAAUAUAAUGUCACUGUGCCGGAAGCCAGUUAUCUCACUUCUAUUCAGAUCUUGCUUCUAGGACUGUGCCCUUUUGUUUGGAAACCCAUCACUUCGAUCUAUGGCCGGUAUCACGUCUUUCUGUUUUCCGUGCUGGGGAGCAUGGUAUGCAACAUUGGAGGCGCAAGAUGCACAACAUAUGGAGCUCAAAUGGGGACGAGGAUUCUCACCUCGAUUCUCAUCUCGCCGCCAAUAGGCAUCGGAAGUGGCGUGAUCACAGAGCUAUGUGAACCAGAAAAGCGAGCACAAAAGCUAGGAUGGUGGACUGUGAUGAUCACGCUGGGCACGCCUAGCGGGCCUUUCAUCAUGGGGUUUGUUGCCAAGCACAUUGGUAUCGAAUGGAUCUUUUGGAUUUUCGCCAUAAUCAACUUUGUCCAAUUCAUCGCGUACCUAGUCCUCGGUGCAGAAACUAUGUAUCUGCCUCAAAAGGAUGCUUCCCUGCAGACAAACGAGGCUAGAAAAGGUGUAUUCAACAAGCUCAUUCCUCGACGACUUGAUGCACGCUCCCUCAGGAUGCGCGAGUUCAUUGAGCCCAUCUUCCUUUGCCGAUAUUAUGCGGUCCUGAUCCCUGCGGUUGCCCAUUCCAUUGUAUUCUGCUAUGGUAACAUCGCGUUGAUCGUGGAGAUGCCAAUUGCAUUCGGAGAAAAGUUCGCCUUCGAUGCUCAGCAGAUAGGGCUACAAUUCAUUGCCAUCAUCAUUGGAUGCCUCCUAGGUGAACAACUGAGUGGGCCCCUCUCGGACUGGUUCUUGAGAGGGCUUAGCAAAAGGCGAGGCUAUACUCGUCCAGCAGAUCGGUUAUGGCUCUCCUAUAUUGGAUUCGGCACCGUGGUCGCAGGACUUCUGACCUGGGGCUUUCAGUUGGACAAGGCCACGUCUUGGAAUGUUACGCCCUGUAUUGGCGCGGCAAUCGCGAGCUUUGGCAACCAAAUCAUCACGACAAUACUCAUUUCGUUCGCGGUCGAUAGCUAUAAGGAGCAGUCAACCAAUGUUGGAGUCUGCAUAAACCUUUUCCGCCACAUUUACGGAUUUAUCGGACCAUUCUAUUUCCCUCCUAUGUUUGAAACCCUGCAUUUCGCCGGUGCGGCAGGCGUUAUGUGUGCGAUCAUCGGAGUUUGCGCUUUGGUUCCAACCGUUGCGGUUCAAUCGGUGGCGAGUCGUUCAACCCACCAAGCUUAGACACUAGUGCACGGAGAGAUAAAUCGAUUCAAUAGAUAGAAUGCUGAUGGAGGUUGGCCGAGAUGAAUAAGGAGUCGGGGGAUAGGCGGAAACAAGAAAUGAUGAAGACACUCCUCGCACCCAUUUUAGUCAAUAGAGACUGCUUGGCACACUAUUCAACCAGGACAUAUCUUGAAGAUCGGUCAAGUCAA